CACUUCCCACAAAAUUGCAGCGGCAUCUCGCUAUAAAUAUCUCACUCAAAGUGGAGGAUUCUUCCCAACAUAUCUAUCUGAGCAGUCAUCAUAUCCAUACCGACGUUUUUAAGUGAGAAGAUAAAACUAGGAGAAAGAGAGGGUGGUGUUUAGAGAGAGAAUGUCGUCUUGGGUGGUGGAGUAUGCUUCAGAGGAGAGCAACAACAGCAAAAGUCAUGAUGAUGUAGAUGAACGGUUUGAGCUGCUCAGAGCUGCUUCUGAUCCGAAGGACUCCGACCUUUCUCUCACGAAUGAUGCUUUUCUCAGAGCUGCCGUCUCCCUCAAAGAUCAGGUGGUGGAGAUGACGUGGAGACGGCGAGGAGCUGAAGGGAGCUUGGACCCGACAGUUUAUACGGGUCUGAUGGGGACGGCGUUCGCGUGUCUGCGGUCUUAUGAGGCCACCGGAGCCCGCCGCGAUUUGCAGCUGUGCGCUGAAAUCGUCGACGCCUGCGCCGCCGCAGGUCAUAUAUCAAACAGACAUGUUACUUUUCUCUGUGGUAGAGGAGGGGUUUAUGCACUUGGUGCCAUUACUGCAAAGUACUCCGGGGACGAAGAGAAGCGUAACUUCUAUCUGAACUGUUUCCUAGAGAUGGCGCAAGAGAAGGCUCUUCCUGUUGGACCUGAAGAAGGUGGGUUUGGAAUGUCGUACGAUCUUCUUUAUGGUCGAGCUGGAUUUCUGUGGGCUGCUCUGUUAGUAAACAAGUACUUGGGAGAUGAAACGAUCCCUUGUGAUCUUCUCAUGGGAGUUGUUGAAGCAGUUCUAGCAGGGGGCCGGGCGGGUGCUUGUGAUAACCUAGCUUGUCCGCUCAUGUACAGGUGGCAUGGAACUAGGUACUGGGGCGCGGCUCACGGCCUUGUUGGUAUUUUACAUGUGCUAUUGCACUUCCCUCUGUCUGAGGAUGAUAUCAAGGACGUCAAGGCAACUCUGAGGUACAUGAUGAGCAACAGGUUCCCGCAUAGUGGGAACUAUCCGGUAAGCGAAGGGAACCCGAGGGACAAUCUCGUCCAGUGGUCUCACGGAGCUGGUGGGGUCGCCAUAACCUUGUGCAAAGCAUCAGAGGUGUUCCCGAACGACAGGGAGUUUCGCGAUGCAGCCAUUGAAGCUGGAGAAGUAGUGUGGAAGAGCGGCUUGGUGAAGAAGGCGGGGCUGGGUGAUGGUGUUUCUGGGAAUGCUUACGCGUUCCUGUCCCUACUCCGGCUGACCGGGGAGAGCAUAUACGAGGAACGAGCCAAGGCAUUCGCGAGCUACUUGUAUCACAUUACCGGUGAGGGUGGUAGUGGAGGAGGGGAGCAUACAUACUCCCUGUUUGAAGGGCUAGCCGGGGCGGCUUGCCUGUGGUUCGAUUUGCUGGUGCCGGAGAAGUCCCGGUUCCCAGGUUAUGAGAUCUAAGUUGCCGUUUCGACACAAAUUUAUCUAAGGUGUGACAAUCAAAUCUAAUGGAUCUAGUUUGUUGAGAUUGGCCGGAAACCAACUAAUGGAUCUUGCAUACUAAUCAACCCAAAGAAACUGGUAUAUAGCAAUUUCGCAUUAUAUUAUUCAUUUUAUUUUA